AAAACAGUUUCCCAGCCCACUUUUCGUUGUAAUACAUAGAUUCGAUACAUAGCAUUUUUUCGCUUAUUUGGACGUACUUCUCAGCGUUCUAUACAUAAAGAAUCUCAUCCGUUGAGGUGCAGAAGGGUUCGGACCUUUCUUUUUUUGCUUCCGUACUUUCUCUCGUGACUUUGAAGCUAUAUAAGUAGGUUGAGGAGAAUUGCCUUCUUCUGAACAAACUUCGAUAACUUCCUCCUUCAAAAAAUAAACCUCAUCAUUCGACUUAAGCUUGCGCUGAAUUCAGAUUACUUUUAUAGGACGCUUUGAUUUCUGUCUCACACUUCAAAUAUCAAAUAUCAUUGGAUUGCAAUAGUCUGUCGUAUUUCUCUAUAGCAAUUCUGUUUUACUAAACAACACCAUGAACAACCAAAUCAUGGCCAAUAACCGAGUAGAGGUGUGCGAUGCUUUCAUCUUGAACGCGACCUCAUCUCUCAAUCUCGAUCAAAAACCCACGGACAACGAGGACAGUAGUAGCUCAUGCCCCUCUAAUUCAAUGGACUUCGAUACGCCACCGAGCUCUCGUACUUCGACCCCAUUCAACUCUCCAUCAGUAGUAGAAGUUUGGGAGGACGACGAGAUGAUCGAAUUUGAGUUUUCUCCAAUCCACCCUGAAACGAGGUUCAGCACUAGUACCCAUCAGACCAAAGAGAAAGAUCAACACGAGAUCGAUACAUUACAAGGCGAAUACCUUCCAUACUUUUUCAGUUUAACUCGUGAAGAACGUAAAAUGAUUAGAGAAUCUGUUCAGAGACCUUCUUUGGCGCGAUUUGAGUGUGAUGAAGAUUUCAGUGACUUGUGGUCCUAUAAACCAUAGUGUAUGCGUUUCAUCACUAUGUACCAAUCAAAACCCGUUUCCAUUUCAUUCAUUCUGCUGCCAUCAUAACAAAAUAUGACCUAGCUUAGAUUUCCAGACAUUCCUUCUAUUGCUUUUAUCAUACUAUCAUUCUUUACUCUCUUACUGUCCUGUCUGAGCACAGUCUUUCUCUCUUUUUUUUGAAAAAAUUCAAUCUGGUCGUUGGAUUGUUGUAAACUUGCUAUGCUUUCUUUCUCUAUCUCUUUCUUUCUUUUAUUUUACUAUCUCCUGCAGUCAGCCGACAAUCAUUUUUCUCUUUGAUUCCUACCCAAGGAAAUUUGUUUUACUUUUCAUUCACUAUGUCGUUGGUCUGUAGAUCGGCAACGUUCCUGUGGUCGGUUUCUGUUUUACUAAUCCUCUACAUGUAUCAGAGCGGCGCAAGUUAUGUAGACGAUUGAUUUAUAAAAGUCUCAAGGUGUUCUAUCUUAACAAAAACCUCAUCAGCGAGUUCUGUCCCGAUCAAUGAGCCUUUGAUUCUUACAUGGUCACAUUCUUUCAUCUGUACUACAACCUCACUUCUGGAAAACCUUGACCGAGUUGAAUAAUUCACAAACUUUUACCAUUGG